AUGACUGAUGAAUUGUUUGCCCAAGAGAACAAGUUCCAAACGUGGUCCAGCACAAUCCCUGGCAAGGUUGAGUUCUUUUCCAGCGAGGGCUCGGAUACCUCUGUCCCAAUACCCAUCGUGCCCCUGCCUGGAGUCGAUGAUUCUUACCCACCCCAGAAGAAAUCGUUCAUGAUGCUCAAGUAUAUGCAUGACCACUACUUGGACAAAUACGAAUGGUUCAUGCGAGCCGACGACGACGUUUAUGUCAAAGGGGACAAGUUGGAGAACUUCCUCCGGAGUUUAAACAGCAGCGAGCCCCUCUUUCUUGGGCAGACAGGACUGGGCACCACUGAAGAGAUGGGGAAGCUGGCCUUGGAACCGGGAGAGAAUUUCUGCAUGGGGGGCCCAGGCGUGAUCAUGAGUCGGGAAGUGUUACGCAGGAUGGUGCCCCACAUUGGUGAGUGCCUUCGAGAGAUGUACACGACCCACGAGGAUGUAGAGAUCGGGAGAUGCGUACGAAGGUUUGCAGGCGUGCAGUGCGUCUGGUCGUAUGAGAUGCAGCAACUGUUUUAUGAAAACUAUGAACAAAACAAAAAAGGUUACAUCAGAGAUCUCCGUAACAGCAAGAUUCACCGAGCAAUAACUUUACACCCUAACAAGAGCCCACCCUACCAAUACAGACUCCACAGCUACAUGCUGAGUCGCAAAAUCGCAGAGCUGCGUUACCGCACCAUACAACUGCACCGAGAAAUCGUCCUCAUGAGCAAGUACAGCAAUACGGAAGUCCAGCGGGAUGACCUUCAGCUAGGAAUCGCCCCUUCCUUCAUGCGGUUCCAGCCGCAUCAGCGGGAGGAAGUUUUGGAGUGGGAAUUCCUCACGGGGAAAUACCUGUAUUCCGCUGCGGAUGGGCAGCCCCCUCGUCGGGGCAUGGACUCCUCUCAGCGCGAAGCGUUGGAUGACAUCGUGAUGCAAGUGAUGGAAAUGAUCAACGCCAACGCCAAGACGAGAGGGCGGAUCAUUGACUUCAAGGAGAUACAGUACGGUUAUCGCAGGCUCAACCCCAUGUAUGGGGCAGAAUACGUCCUUGACUUACUGCUCUUGUACAAGAAGCACAAAGGGAAGAAAAUGACUGUUCCAGUGAGGAGGCAUGCAUAUUUGCAACAGACCUUCAGCAAAGUCCAGUUCAUGGAGCAAGAAGAAAUGGACGCCAAAGAGCUGGCCAAUAAGAUCAACCAGGACUCUGGGUCCUUGUCUUUCCUUUCCAAUUCCUUGAAGAUGUUCGUUCCAUUCCAGUUGAGUAAGUCGAAAGCAGAGAAGAAGGAACCAAAAGACAAGAAGAUUAACAUCUUGAUCCCUCUCUGUGGCCGCUUCGAUAUGUUUGCACGCUUCAUGGUGAACUUUGAAAAGACUUGCCUCAUUCCCAACCAGAAUGUCAAACUGGUCGUCUUGCUUUUCAAUUCGGACUCCAAUCCCGACAAGGCCAGGCAGGUUGAACUGAUGAGAGACUAUCGUUUAAAGUACCCCAAAGCGGACAUGCAGAUCCUCCCAGUAUCCGGCGAAUUUUCCCGAGCGCUGGCCCUCGAAGUCGGAUCCUCUCAGUUCAACAACGAGUCCCUGCUUUUCUUCUGCGAUGUCGACUUGGUCUUUACGGCAGAGUUUCUCCAACGAUGUAGAGCCAACACGAUUUUAGGACAACAGAUUUAUUUUCCAAUCAUCUUUAGCCAGUAUGACCCAAAGAUUGUCUACAGUGGCAGAGUUCCGAGCGAUAAUCAUUUUGCCUUCACCCAGAAAACGGGCUUCUGGAGGAACUAUGGUUUCGGGAUUGCCUGCAUUUAUAAAGGCGAUCUUGUUCAAGCAGGCGGUUUUGACGUUUCGAUCCAAGGAUGGGGUCUGGAGGAUGUGGACUUGUUCAACAAAGUGGUCCAGGCCGGCUUAAAGACUUUCCGAAGCCAAGAGGUUGGAGUAGUCCAUAUACACCAUCCUGUCUUUUGUGACCCUAAUCUGGAUCCUAAACAGUAUAAGAUGUGUUUAGGAUCGAAAGCCUCCACUUAUGGAUCUACGCAGCAGUUGGCAGAGUUGUGGCUUCAAAAGAAUGAACCGAGUUUUGGAAAGAACAGCAUUGCAAACGGUUCCCUGAGGACGGCCUGAUAUCCAGCUAUUGCUGGGGGGGGGGUGUGAAUUAACAAACAAACAAACAAAAAAACUACCUAUUGCAUUUUUUUACUGCCCUAAUUUA